AUGAAUCUGGUUCACGCCCAUUUCAAAAUGAAGCAAAUCCCUUAUCUGUUGGGUAUGCUCCUCUUCGUAGAAGCUGGGAAAAUUCUCGUGUACAGUCCAUCUAUCAGCUAUAGUCAUGUGCUUAUGAAUGGAAGAAUAGCUGAUACUCUCGUCAAGGCAGGACAUGAUGUGGUAAUGUUUAUUCCUGAGUAUGUCAAGGCAACAACACAUUAUGACGGGUCAAAGCUAGCCAAGAUUGUGCGUAUGAAUAACAUUAGUUCAAGAUACGAUGAUGACAUGGAUGGUUGGGAAAAAGAACUGAUGACACAGCCCAGUGCAGGCUUCCGUGAUAGACUCUAUUUUGAGUACAGUAAUCAAUACAUGUGCGAAAAGUUGAUGGCACGUCGACAAGAACUGGAAGGUCUCAAAAAUUAUGGCUUUGAUGCUGCAUUUACUGAACAAAUUGAUUUCUGCGGUAUGGGAGUCAUUAGGUAUCUUGGAAUUCAAAAUUUAUUAUGGAUUUCAACAACACCGAUCAUGGACGCUGUAAGCUACAACUUAGGUGUGCCUUCACCAACAUCGUAUGUGCCAACAAUAGAGGAGAACGACAAUGGAGAUAUAAUGAGCUUUUGGGAUAGAGCAUAUAAUAUGUACAUGUACAUAGGAACGAUCUACAUUCAUCGACGUGGAACGGAUCUCAUUACAGAGGUGUUCCGCAAGAUUGACCCUAACUUCCCUCAUAUUCGGGAAAUUGCUGCAAAUGCAAGCCUUUGCUUUGUGAACGCUGAUGAGAUGUUUGACCUCCCACGGCCAAUCAUUCACAAAACUAUUUACAUUGGUGGACUAGGGAUAAGUGAUCCAAAGCCACUCGAUGAGAAAUUCACCGCUUUGAUGAACAAGGGCAAGAAUGGAGUAAUUAUCAUCUCACUGGGGACAAUUGCACCUUUUCAUGUUCUCCCAGAAAAAGUGAAAAGAGGAUUUGCGAAUGUAAUAAAAUCAAUGCCGGAUUACCACUUCAUUUUAAAAGUUAGCGGAGGCGAUUGCAGUACACUAUCGCUUUUCAAGGAUGGCUCCAAUUAUGACUUUAUUGAAUGGUUACCCCAGAAAGACAUACUAGCUCAUCCCCGUUUAAAACUCUUCGUCACGCACGGCGGUAUCAAUGGUCUGGAAGAAGCAUUGUUUAGAGGAGUUCCAGUUGUGGUCAUUCCAUUGUUUGCUGAUCAAUUCCGCAAUGGUAGAAACGUUGAAAAGCGCGGUGUGGGAAAGGUAAUUUUGAAGCUGGAACUUUCCGAAGAGAAGAUAAGAUCUGCUGUACAGGAGAUACUGAGUGAUAAAAGCUACAAACUGAAUGCUAUGCGCAUGUCGAAGCUAAUGCGGGAGAAACCAUUCACUGCCGAGCAGCGACUGGUUCAGUGGACUAAUUUUGCUGUUGAGAACGGCGUUCUGGAUGUUCUACAUGUACAAGGCUCCCGGCUAAAUUCCAUUGUUUAUUUCAAUCUUGAUGUGAUAGCUGUUGUUACAAUGGUUAUAUGUUCGUUCUUGAUUGUCGUUGUUAAAUUGUUGAAAACCAUUAAAAGAAGAUUCUUCGUUCGAAAAGUCAAACAAAAUUAGGGUCAGAAUUGCUGUACAUUAGUGUUGCUAAACGAUUUUUAUCAUAUAAUUUUACGUCUUCUAGAUCUCAC